AUGGCAUUUGAGGGCCGGGUAGAGGUGCUCAGCGCCAGUCGAAUAGUUGCAGCAGCCACCGGUGCAGGAAUCAAGCACACUUCUCUCGACGCCCAAGACGCUUUGAGCAACGUGAACAGCAUCCAGCAUCUGUUCGCCGAGCCCAGCACAGAAGAUGAGGCACAAAUUCGCGCGCAUAAGCGACGCAAACUCGAACAAUGUAAGGAAUCGCCGCAGCGAUCCGAAGACUGUGUCGAAAGGAAAUGUGUUGAACUGGCCAGCGUGACUCUCGGGUUGAGUUGCACUGACAUGAACCAGGAGUUCUCAUUGCUCACGCAAGACCAAAUGUUGGAAAUUGCUGCCGAGGCCAAAGACCAUGGUGUUGGUCCGCUUGGUGUUUCUCUAAGGUCUUUCCACAGAAUAGAGAAGAACGCGUUCCGAGUUGCUGUCUACAAUCUGCGUACAGGCCACGGUACAACCAUCACUGCCACCGCGUGCAGCUCGUUUCUCGACUCGAUAUCGCCACAUCUUCGUGCCGCCUCUAUACUCGCAACGUCGCAUAGUGGAAAGAGAAGUCGAAAUGUGAAGCGCGCAGCUUUCGUCGACUGUCGAUUAUCGGCACCCGUCGUCGGACGGAAUACCUAUGAACUGCGGGUGCUGCUGUGCUGGAGGUUGGACAUGUCUGUCGUGGAGAGUUCAGAAGUGGAGAUGAAGUAUAUGAAGGAAGACUUGAAGCUACUGUCCCAAUAUUUCCCUAGCACCACGGCCCCAGGCAGCACAGGCUGGACUCUUUCAGACUUCUAUGACUCAGUCCAUGUACCGCCAGCGGAUCUGCACGUGUCGCCCCGCAUUCAGCAUGCCUUGACAGAUACUGCACUAUACCCUUUUCAGGCCAGAGCUGUGGACUGGUUGUUGCAACGAGAAGGCGUGGCUUUUACACCGGCCGGUGACCUAGAAAACCAUUUCAAGAGCGCCCCGCCAGCCUCUUUUAGGCAAGCAGAAGACGCGACAGGAAGAACCUGCUACGUCAGUCAGCUUCGAGGAAUGGUCGUCGAGGACUUGAGAGCAGCUCAGCGUGAUACACUACAAUCACUACGAGGCGGUAUUUUGGCUGAAGAGAUGGGGCUUGGAAAGACGGUCGAGCUGAUAGCUCUCAUAACGCAUCACAAACGAUCUGUGUCCACAAGCAAGAUUUUUGAUAAAUACACUGGCGCCUACGUCAUACCUUCAGGUGCUACACUCAUAAUUACUCCGCCCUCGAUUCUUGAACAAUGGAUUAGCGAGAUUCACACGCAUGCACCGGAGCUGAAAGUCUUCCACUACAGAGGCCUCCCGCCCUCCUCCGCACCUAAAAAGGACCAUACGGCAGCAACCGUGGAGAACCUACUUAAGUUCGAUGUUGUAUUGACGACGUACAAUGUCCUUUCCAAAGAGAUCCAUCAUGCGACGCCGCCUCCUGAUCGCUCGCUCAGGAAUCUAAAGCGUCAUGAACGCCGCAAGAGCCCACUAGUUGAGAUAUCAUGGUGGCGUGUAUGCCUCGAUGAAGCUCAAAUGAUUGAAUCGGGGGUCUCGCAAGCUGCCAAGGUUGCUCGCAUCAUUCCUCGCUGCAAUGCAUGGGCUGUAUCUGGCACACCCUUACGCAAAGACGUACAAGAUCUGCGAGGCCUGCUAGUCUUUCUAAGAUGCGACGCUUUUGCGAACAACAAAGCCGUAUGGGACCGCCUCGACAAAGAAUCCUUCAGGUCGAUAUUCAAGCAGAUUGCAAUGCGACACACAAAGGACCAAAUCCGGGAAGAGCUACGACUUCCACCUCAAAAGCGUGUUGUCAUCACUGUCCCCUUCACAACGAUCGAAGAGCAGAAUUAUAACGACCUGGUCCGUCAGAUGUGCGAUGCAUGUUGGCUCACUCCGGAAGGACUUCCUCUGGACGAUGGACACGAUGCGAGUCACCCAGAAGUCAUCGACCGUAUGCGCGAUUGGCUGGUCAGGUUACGGCAAACAUGCCUUCACGCGCAUGUGGGACGUAAAAACCGCAAAGCUUUGGGCGCAAAGAACGGAGCGCUCCGUACAGUCCAUGAAGUUCUUGAAGUUAUGAUCGAGCAAAAUGAUACAAACUACAAGUCAGAAUCUCGCGAGAUGAUCUUGCAGCAGAUAAAGCUAGGCCACCUCAUGGCGUACGCCGGCAGUGUACAUGACAGAGCGCAACAGGCAUUGCCAUAUUACGAAGAAGCACUGAAGGAGGCGAAGUUCUAUGUAGAGAUCUGCAGGAAGGAGAUUGCGGCAGAGAAAGAGAAACUUGACAAAGGCACAAUCUCCCUUGAACCAGCAUCAUUGAAGGACGAGAACUCCGACAUCGAAGACGGGAAAGACCUCGAGAACCUUGGUCGCUUACCAGUCCUACGUAAGGCACUGCGUUCCUUCUUGGAGCUCGAGCAUGCGUCAAACUUUUUCAUUGCUACAACCUAUCAUCAAAUCAAGGAGAGUGGACUAAUUGUACAGCCUGAAGAUAUCCAGCGUCUUGAAGAAUUCGAAUCUGAUUGGGUCGAAUCCCGAAAGCCAUUUUACCAGAUUCCAACGAUUGACGAUCUACCUGACUUUGGUGGCAUCGAAAGUCGACAAAUACUUAACACGAUGGACAACAUUAGCGACUUUCUGAAUGCACAAGCGAAGCAAAUCCAGAUUUGGCGAAUGAAGAUUGUUGAGAUUCUUCUGUUGCGCUUGGUCGAUGAUGAUGAUGACCAGGAAACUACUGGUGAGGAAUAUGAUGAAUCUCUUAAAGCACAAGAUGAGCUUUAUGUCUACAUAAUGGCUCUGCGGACACUCAUUGCAGAUCGUCACUCCGCUACCCAUGGCUUGCAAGAUACCCUUGUGGAGCAUGAGCUGCGAGUCGCUGAGAAGCAGGCACUACGCAAGGACAUUGACGAAGAGAAGGAAAGCCGUGGCCACGCUCCUGAACUCGUCAUCGAAGUUGCACAGACGCGACGUAAACUGCAGGCAAUGCUUGAGGGCGGUUCGCUCAAGGGUGUUAUAUCCGGAGUUCGGUCGCUUGCGACGGCACUGCAAUGGAGAGCGGAUGGAGGCGAUACUAGAGCGGCGACCGAACUAAACGUCGUCUCCAAACACAUUGUUCGCAUCCAAGAGAUUGCUACGCAACAAGCAAAAACAAUCACGGAGCUAGAGAAAGAGCAAGAGAUAUUCCGGGCGACCAUGAACCAAAGACUGGAAUACUACCGUCAGUUUCAGCACAUUUCAGACACGGUUGGCAAAUACAAGGAAGAGCUUGAUGAGACAUUGGACGAGCGGGAAUUUGCCAAAACAAUUAAGCUGCAUCAACGGAAGAAGGAAAUCGUUACCGGCUUGAAGACCAAGUACACAUACUUGACCAAUUUGCGGGCUGAGAACCAGGACGAAGCGAAAGCCGAUUGUAUCAUCUGCCAGGAUGCGAUUGAGAUCGGCGUGUUGACAAGAGACAUCAGCUUCAAGCCUACCGAGAUCAAAGCACAGGAAGAAGCGCAAGAGCCUGCAAGCCCGGCGCAAGCAUCCACACCAGGCUCUUCAAAUACCUCCAUCUACACGGACAUCAGCGACUCGACCAUGAAAGAGAUCAAGAUGAUUGAUCUUGAAGGUUCGUAUGGUACGAAAAUUGAUAUGAUCGCACGCCAUCUCCUCUGGAUCCGAGCGAAUGAUCCAGGAGCAAAGUCCAUUAUCUUCUCCCAGUUCGGCGACUUCCUCGAAGUCCUGCGCGAAGCACUCAGGAAGUGGCGCAUUGGCGUCAGUGGCAUCAUUGACAAGGAAGGCAUUCAGAGAUUCAAGUCUGAUGCAGGCAUUGAAUGCUUCCUACUCGAUGCCAAGUCCGAUUCAUCAGGUCUGAAUCUCGUCAACGCAACGUACGUCUUUCUCUGUGAGCCGCUCAUCAACCCGGCGAUCGAGCUACAGGCCAUUGCACGUGUCCAUCGCAUUGGACAACAACGACCAACGACGGUGUUCAUGUACCUCAUUAGCGAUACUGUCGAAGAGGCCAUCUACGACAUUUCCGUUGCUCGACGUCUCGCACAUAUCAGCAAGGCAACUACAUCGACUUCUCGGACAAGUACAGCGAUACCCACAGUCCAGGAAACCACACUGGACAAGGCAAACUCGGCUGAGAUGCAAGCCGCGCCCCUGAAAGCACUAUUGAGGAAGAAAGGAAACGGAGAAGAGGUCAAGGAAGACGACUUGUGGCAUUGCCUGUUCGGGCGACAGAGGAAAGUGGCUAGACCAGUACUGGAGAGGGAGGUGGAUAGGCAUUUGCGUGCUGAGGCAGCUGAGGGUCGCGCAUCUACGGUAGUGAUGGCGCACAGAGACGGGAUGCAUUAG